UUGAUUGUCCUACAGGGAAAUUUGAACGAAAUGAAAACUGAAGAGGAUAAUGGCAUGGCAGGAUUUCUCACUUCAGCAAAAGAUGAUUCCUUUGAAAUUAGAAAGCGGAAUUUGACCACCGAAUCAUCCGCUUCCAGUCUGGCUACAGUUGUCAGUGCAGAACAUCUCAAUGAACCUGAUUCUUCUUCACAUUCCAAUGAAGAGGAUACGUUUAUUGAAGAAAGUUUUUCUUCUACUUCAGAUCAAGUGUCAACAAACCUUUUGGACUCUUGUACCUCUAUGUCUUCUGUGGAAUCCAAUAAGGAACAGCCAUGUAGCGUUGAAGAACAACUAUCAAAAACUCCAAAAUGUCCGUCAGAAUUAAGAGAGUCGAUUUCAAGUGAAUACAAUGAGACAGAUGCCCUCGUAAGUGUAACUGUUGCACCAUCAGUAGAAAUUCAAGGAGAACACACAGCAAAUGACAUUUCCUUAUAUAAAGAAACCUUCAUAGGAAAGGAAAAUUCGAGUGAAUGUCACGAAAGCAGUACUUACACAGAACAGUCCAAGGACAGCUCUUUUUUGGAGUAUCAACAACAUAAGGCAGGAAGUUGCGAAGCAUUAGAGUCCGAAAAGGAGGCUGAUACUUCAGUGAACUCGUCCUCAUUCUCUGACCAGAACUUGGACGCAAAUAAUUUAGUGUCAGCCUCACCUGUAAUUGAAGAAACCAACGAGGAAACCUCCUCCACGGGUAGCUGCAUCCUUCUCAAUGUCCAAGAAAAGGGACUCUUCGAUGAAGACAUUUUCUUCCAAAAUAUUCGUCAUAAACUGCAGGCGAAGGAAAGGAAACUUUUAUCCAGGGAAAGAAAUGUGUCUUCCAUUGCUGAAGAUUUCAGCGACGAAGAGAAUCUGUGUCUUCUGGAUUACAGGAAUGAUAACCAGACAGUCACUUCCAUCGAUGAUGGAGAUCAGUUCAUGAUCAUCAUUGAUGUCAGUGAAUCUGCGAAUGUGAAAGAGUUGCAACUUGAGGUAGUAGGCAAUAAUGCAGUGCUCAUCAAAGGCUCUGCAGUGACCAAUGGAGCAGAGCAGGAUGAUGUCAAAACCUUUUCUGAACGGCUGGAUUUGCCUGUUGGGAUUGAUGUGGAAUCUGGACACUGUGCGACCUCUGAGGAUGGCGUCCUAGUAAUUGCUUUCUCCAAGGUUACUUCUGCUUCUGCUGAAAGGAUAAGUACUGACGAUACAAAGCAAAUCUGUAUCAGUGGCGAUGAAUGUUCUGAUUAUGGAGAAAUGAUGCCGUCUACCAGUGUAGAAACUAUUAAUACCAGCGAUACGGACUGCAAGGACUUCAUGAAGUCUGUGAUGGGUGGACAUAGAGCUUCAUGUGGUGUGGACACUUCUUCACAGACCAAGAGAUCUGCUGAGCGUAAUUUGUCAGCUGAAGUAACUGGUUUCUCAGGGGACGUCAACGACUCUCUCACUAUUGGGCAUUCAACCAACAAUAAUACUAAGCAAGAGACAAUAGAGGAUACAUCUGAUACCUUGGAUGUUGGGCUCAAGUUUGAUGAGAGAUGUGAUGGUACAUUCAGCGUCCAAGGGUCCAACGAAAAAGGGAAAGGCCAUAUAUUGAAAACAUCGUGUGAACUAAAUCAGACAUUACAAAGAGGUCUUGAUAAUUCGGGUAAUGUUCCAAGUUUAGAUUCACAUAAUGAGAUGGAGGACUUCACCAAAGAAGGUUUCUCCGGUACCUUUAACACGGAGAGGGCAUCUUGCUUCGUUUCUGACUCUUCUCUGAGGAUCUCAGAAGAGGAAAAGGCCACAACUUCAAAUGAAGAAACUUCUGCAAAUGAGGGAACUCUGAUGAUGGAAAGAAGAGAAGACGAAUUCUCCAAUUCCAUAGGUGGAGAUGAAGUAAGGGAGAUGCAAGAAAACAUUAAUAUCACCUCCUUCAAACAUAAUCAUCUUUCAUCAUCUCAAGAAGAAGAAGAAGAGCACAGGUCUGCCAAGGACUAUGAAGAGAAUAAGGUUUCAAGUAGCAGAGCAAACGGUAGAAUGCUUCUAAGAAAGGAUUCAGAUGAAUCAGUUGGCGACCUCGAGUAUCAAAAAGAGUUGGAGGAACUCUCAUGUGUAGCUGAGAAGGCCGUGAAGGGAUACUUUUGCCCUGAAAACUACGUCACCUUAAAACUUCAGGAAAAGGGACUCUUUGCCGAAGAUGCUUUCUUUGAAAGUGUUCGUCUUCACCUCCUGGUGGAAGGGGGAGAAACCUGGCCCAAUUCAGGAGGUCUGUCUUCUGUUAGCGAUGAACUGACAAGCACCAAGAAACUGUACUGCAUAGAUCAUCUUGAUCAGAACAAAGUGGCUACUUUCAUCGAGGACGAAGAUUAUUAUACGAUCAUCUUAGAUGUCAGCUGCUAUUCGGAGAAAGAAAGGGUCAAGGUUUCAGUCAUAGAAGAAAAGGAAUUGUCAGUUGAAUAUUCUUGUGUAGCAAGUGACUGUGAGCUGGAAUUGAUGAAAACCUUUUCUACGAGAUUCGUUUUACCAAGUGGUAUUGACUCAGGAUCAGGACUUUGUGGAAUUUCUUCUGACGGAAUUCUUGCAGCCAAAUUCUCUAAACAGAAACACUCCAGUUGUCAUAAACUGGAACGAAGAGAGGAUGCAGGUGAAACACAAAACUGUCUUAAUGUAGAGGAAAAUCUAGCUUAUACAACACAUUUCCUCCAGAACAGAGACUGUAUCUCUUCAGAGGCCAAAUCUGAUAUUGUUGGUGUCGGUGAUUCCAAAGAGUUCACCAGUAAGACUUUCUCAAGAUUCAAGAUCCAUUCUGAUUCCUCUGACAUCCAAGAACACAACAUCAUCAACGUCACGAUGCUCCCGUUCAUCAAGAGAGGACAUUUCUUCCACGAUUCUUUCUUUACUGAGGCUCAACGACUUUUGCAAGAGGCCAUAAAGAAGGUCCUCAUGCAGUCCUCUGAAGAAGAAACCUGCAGACAUUCGAGCGACAUCAAGACAUAUAAAUGUCUGCGAAAGCAGAAUCCUACUUGGCAAAAUCAGGCGUUCCAUCUUGAAGAAGACCAGUACGGCUACAAGGUACUGUUGGACGCAGAGAGCCUCAAUGAAGGAUCAACGGUGGUUUAUGUGUUGGAAGGGACGGAACUUGUCAUCGAGUGUCAGCUGGAGACGAAAGGAGGAUCCUCACAUUCCCUUCAGACCUGCAAGAGAUCCUUUUCUCUUCCACCAAACGUUGACGUUAAUGAAGCGACUUCAGCUCUAUCUUCAGAUGGAGUUCUUUACAUAGUCUUCUCAAAGAGAGACAUUCCAUAGAUAAGAAGGUAAAGAGUAAAUAGACAAAGUUCAAAACUUUUAUUUUAAUAGAAAAUAUCUUCUUGUAUAACAAGUUUUAACAAAUCUCUUACUCAAUUUGACGGCUUGAAAAUCAUACAUAUUUUGGAUAUUUGUAUUUUUAUGCUCAAUAAAUA